ACCUUCUGUAUAAUUAUGUUUUGCUUUCCUUCGCAGGAGCUGCCGAUACAAAGGCCUGUCAGGGCUGGGGAGAAAUCUCACGCCACCUGUGACAUCAAGAUCAAGAUCAGACGGAGGGAGGACAGCAGCUGAGUGUUGGACUCCAGAAAAGAUUUUUGUUUGCAUGGUUUCUGAGGAUGGAGGGCUGCAGACGGGACUGGAACAAGGUAAAGAAGAAAAUAACAAGAUGUAUCGCUAUCCUCCAGAGGGACCUCCCAGAUAUCUACACUUCAGAGCACCCAACCAAGCACAUCUUCAUAGGCAAUGCAGGACUGACCACAAAUGCAGAUGAAUCUUCCUUGGUGGAGCUGAUCACGUCUGUUGGGUGCGGCCUGGAGGCCCUCACGCUGCUGCCAGGGAAGCAGUACAGCUUUGCCUCCUUCACCACCCCUGAGCAGGCCAGGACAGUGAUAGUGGCAGCUCAUGGCCAUCUGGCUGUGCGUGGCUCCACCUCCCCCGUGUACAUGGCUUAUGUGGACAAAGUACCUCUGGACCCAUCACCCAUCAAGUUCAGGUUCCCGCCGGGCCUGUCUGUAAUAGAGGACUUCGUCUCCCCAAAGGAGGAGCUACAGCUGAUGAACUUGGUGGACUGGGGAGCCACACCCUCUUGUACAGCUCAAGGGAGCGUCAUGAAGCACCGUCAGGUUCGUCACUUUGGGUACGAGUUCCAGUACAGCACCAACCGCGUGGACAAGGGGCGGCCGCUGGCCCAGGGGCUGCCCCCGGCCAUUGACUACCUGCUGUGGAGGAUUGUGGAGCGUGGCUGCAUGCCGUCCGUACCCGACCAGCUCACCAUCAACAGAUACCUGCCCGGCCAGGGCAUCCCCCCCCACGUUGACACCCACAGCUCCUUCACGGACGAGCUGCUCUCUCUCAGUCUGGGCGGCGGUGUCAACAUGGACUUCCGGUACAUUGGUGGCAGUGGAGGCAACGGAAACGGCGAGGGAAGCAAAGACAAGCCGCCUCAUUAUGUGGUGUACCUUCCCUCGAGGUCACUCUGUGUUAUGACUGGCCCGGCACGGUAUGAGUGGUCGCAUGGCAUCUGUCCGCGCAUGACAGACGUCGUGGCCAGCAGGAACAGCGCCACGGGGCUCCAGCUGCUGCCACGCCGGGAACGCAUCUCCUUCACCUUCAGGAAGAUCCGGCAGGGGGAGUGUACGUGCAACAACGCCAACAUCUGCGACUCUUACAGCAAGAAACAGAAGAGUGAGUUUGGCUGCAGUAAGGGAGAGAGCAAGGGCUGCCCCACUACCCCUGGCGAGGCACCCACUGACAGGUCUGCCGCACGCCUGGAAAAGGAACACGUCUUGGAGGUGUAUGACCAGAUAGCGGAGCACUUCAGCGUCACGCGCCACAAGCCUUGGCCGCAGGUGCUGGAGUUUGUAUUGUCGCUGCCUCUGGGGUCCAUGCUGCUGGAUGUUGGGUGUGGCAAUGGCAAGUACAUGGGCCACAACAAGCAGGUGUUCCAGGCUGGUUGUGAUACGAGCUUUGAGCUGAUGAAGAUCUGCAAUGGGCGGGGUUUUGAAGUCUUGACGUGUAACUGCUUGCACUUGCCGUACCGUGACUCAAUAUUUGAUGCCGUCGUGUGCAUCGCCGUCAUUCAUCACCUGGCAACUGAGGGCCGGCGCCUGGCAGCUGUGAGGGAGAUGGUGCGUGUUCUGAGUGUCGGGGGCCGCGGCCUGAUCUACGUGUGGGCCAUGGAGCAGCGGCAUGGGGACAAGAAGUCAACCUACCUCAAGCAAAACAAGGAAGACAUUGCCAAGGAUGAUAACAAUGAGGAAAGUAUGUCCUCCAACAAGCCUCAAGACAGAGCUGAUGCGGGCAAAACGGGCGCUGCCUCCCUCCCUGUCCACGUGAACCGCACAGAGUUUAUGCAGCAAGACAUGCUGGUGCCCUGGAAGCUGAAGCCUCCCAGGAAGUAUGAGGCAAAGUGUGAGAGAAGGAGGUGUGACCGAGGCUGUGGUGUGAGUCACAGCUGCAGAAACAAAAAGGCUCAAGACACCUGUGACCCGGGCGUAGACACACUGCAGAUAACAAGCAAUUGUGGCGUUCUGGCAGCACAGGAGAACGUGCGCUGCGAUAACUGUCACUCCAAAUCCAGGAAAAAAGCUGCCUGUGCUGAGAACAGAGCUGAUCAAGUCUUCCACAGAUACUAUCAUGUCUUCAAGCAGGGAGAGCUGGAGCUACUGUGCAGUCAACUCAAUGUAAGAAUUACUAAGUCUUUUUAUGAUGAAGGGAAUUGGUGUGUGAUCUUCCAGAAAGUAAGUUGAAAUAAACUCUUUAGUAUUGCAGUAAUUAACGUUUUACAAUGUCAAACAACUCUAGUGUAGUAAUG